AUGGAAAAAUAUGAUACUUCUCAGCUCACUGAGUUUCCCCGUUUCGAGGGUGAUUCCAAUCAAGGGGGAGUUACUAAUUUUUUAAAUAAAUUAUGGAAGUUCCCGAUAUUUACGGGAAGUGAAACUGGUGAUAGUGAAGUUAAAACUAUUGAGACUAAGCAGAGUGAGGUCCAUAAUGUUGAGAAGCAGGAUUAUGAAGAGAAUAAAGUAGAGACAGCAAGCGUUGUUGAAUGUGAGGGACGGAGUCUGCAGAACAUAGUUAAUCGUAUAAGCGGUUACGCAAAGUCGGGAACACGUUACGCCGAUACUGAACUCGCUCGCUACUGGAUGCCGGACGAUAUAUCCCGUGAAUGUUACGAGUGUGCUGUUCGGUUCAGCGCAUUGAGACGCAGGCAUCACUGUCGCGUGUGUGGACAGAUAUUCUGUUCACGCUGUUGUAGCCAAAGAGUCCCAGGUCACAUUUUCGGCUGUGCCGGUGGUCUAAGGGUGUGUACUUAUUGCUGCAACGUAGUAUUAACAUAUUUAAGAGAAAAUGAUAUGACUGAGGAUAUAUCGCCCGAUCUUAAAACACUACAAGAGAGCUUACAGGUAAAAUUAGUGAAGUUUCCAUCUAACAAGCCGUCUCCAUCGAGCAGAGAGUUCCUGUUCUCUCAUGAAGUAGAGUCCGGGGAUGUCCGGAGCAAUAAAGAACCACUGGCUGAUGUGUUUAGACAACUUUACUACGCUCUGCCAACACAACAACACAGAGCCCAAGCCGUUCUAUUAUGUCAGAGCCUGCUACUAACGGGUCUCAUGGAGCGCGUCACAGAGCCCGCUCAGUUCGCGGACUACGCCCUCUACCGGCCGCUACAGCUAGAGAACAAUGACACUACUGAUAUUACUACAGGUGAAGAUCCAUCCGAGGAAUGUAACAACAGGCUCGUUGAAAGUGUUUCUUCAUACUGUCUGGAUCUUAACCUGGGAAACAGUUCAGCGAGGUUGAUUAAAGCUACUAAAACUGAAGUGAAAGCGUCAUCUACAGGCGAAGAGGAAGAACCGAUUUUAGACAAUUCUGAAGAGGCCCGUCAGCCGUGUAAGUCUAUCGAGCAGUCGGGAGAGGAUCACCUCAAGCUGUUGAUGCGUCAACAGCUCGCUCGGGAGGCGCUGCCGGCCAUCUGGCUCGACACGCUGUACCCGCUGUGUGUGAGAGCAGCUGAUGUUACGGCUAUAGAUAUGAUGAGCAACGACAUCGAUAUCCGGAACUACGUUCAAGUGAAGAAAGUCCCGGGCGGGGAGAUGACCGACAGCUGCCUUAUACAGGGUGUGGUGAUGACUAAGAACGUGGCUCACAGAGGCAUGCCGAAAAGAAUAACGAAUCCGUCGGUAUUACUUCUGGAUUGUUCGAUCGCUUACCAGAGGGUUGAAGGGAAGUUGACUUCUUUGGAGCCACUUCUGAUGCAGGAGCAAGAAUACUUAGUGCGUUGCGCUGCGAGGAUAUCAGCGCUUCGCCCCAAGGUGGUGUUAGUGAGAGGGAGCGCCGCCCGCGCUGUGCAAGACGCUUUGAGAGCGGAGGGCGUAGCGCUAGCUGUGGGUGUACGAGAUAAGGCUCUCAAACGAAGCGCUAGAUGCGCUAAGGCUGACCUAGUUACUUCUAUAGACGCAAGGAUUGGAAUGCCUAGAUUGGGUGUCUGUAAAAACUUUUACGUUAAAAAUUUCACAAGUAAGACUUUGAUGGUGCUAGAAGGUUGUGCGGAACCAAAUCUAGGUUGUUGUAUUCUACUCCGCGGCGGAUCUCUACAGGAGUUAGUCCGAGUGAAAAGGAUAGUCAAGUUCAUGUUGCUGGCCUGUUACAACUGGAAAUUGGAGAAAUCUUUCUUGGCGGAUAUAGAAGCUAUACUUCCUGAACCAGAUACCUUCGUUGAUGAUAGUGAAGAGACGGUUCUCGAUGAUAAAUAUAAGAAAGACGUUAAAGACAAAGCGUGCAUACCAGAAGAUGAUAAUAUAUUUGGCAAUCCAAGUACGGAAUCGAUAACCGAGCUCGGAUGUAAGGAAGAUGUGAAUGAAUGUAAUAAAGAUGAGGUCGAAAAAAUAAUAGAUGAUGGGAACGCUACGAACGAAAAUGAGAUCAAAAAUAGCGAAGAUUCGUUCAAAUACAAGCAAUUCGGUAGGAAAUUGGAUUGUGACAAGAAUUUAAGUUGUGGAGUUCCUAUACAAGAUUUUAGUGAUCCUUUACACUCCCGGCUAUCGGGAGACGAAGACGUGUUCCUUACUAACGAAGAAGCUGAACUGAAAGCCGAUACACACAGCGAGAGAUGGUGUACUGAUGACGUAGUACUAUCGAUGUCUCCUAACAUCGUGAUUCCAGCGCCCGAGCUGUCUCUACUCAGUAGACCCGCGCCUCACACGCCUCGCGUGCACAGAAAGGAUUCAGCGAGACUACCCUCGGAGAAAGAGAAAGAAAAGGAGCGUCACCCGUUUGUCACUCAGCCGAUAACGACUUCAAUGGACGACCCCGCGCUGAGAGCGUCGCUAGCACACUUCAGAGCGACCGGCGGGGUGUUGGCUGCGGGGAAACAUAACCCCGAGUGUCCUCAAUACAAGUGUUCUAUCGUGCGCCCGGUGGAGGUCGGCGAACCGUCCCCCGCGCAGCUCGGCCCGCUGUGUCCCGAGCGGCACCAGUUACUGAGCGUGCUGCUCUACAGCUACAGCAGCAAGAGUCCCAACGUGCCAGACUUCUGUGUCAACCCGUGGAUAGUAACUAUGGAGAUGUACGGUCGUCACGACAUCUCGCUGGGCGCCUUCCUUGAGAAGUAUUGUUUCAACGCGGACCAGAAGUGCUCCUCGCCUAACUGUCCCGUGCCCAUGAACCAACACGUUAGGAGGUUUGUGCACGAAGACGUGUGUAUAACAAUAACUUGCAACACGAUAGGACACAGCAACGUGGAUAAAACCAACGAACAGAACAAACAGGUAGUGUUUUGGUCUCGCUGUGACGCGUGUGGUCGCUCGUGGCCAGGUCGUGUAGUAUGUCGUCGCUCGCUGGGCCUGUCCUUGGCUCAGUUCCUCCGUGGUCGUGUCCGCGCGCCCCGCUACGCCCGCCGACAUUGCCCGCAUCCUCUCAACACACAUCACCACGCAUUCGUUAGCAGACUCACCACCGCGUGCUUUAGGUAUGAAAAGAUCCAUUCAUACUGGGUGCACCUCCCGCCCGAGGUAAUCUCCGUGCGUCACGACACGCGCCGUAUGAGGGACGACCUUAUAGCGACACUCAAUGAACUCAUGCUGAAAGGUCACGAGACGUUCAGUAACUGUACGGACGUGGACGUAGAGAAGGAGUACGGCGCCUUUAAGCAACUCAUGGAACAGAUACACCUGGCGCUCACCUCACACGGACACGAAGACACGCACGCGGAGAGGGUCCGCCGCUUGUGGUCCGUAGCUGACAGUCUGCUGGCCGCUGAACGAGCGCUCAGGGACGCUGCUUCGCGGACACGACCUGCGGAACAUACGGCGGACGACAAACAAGACGCGGAGGAACAACACGACGUUACCAGCGACGGAAACGAGAACGCGCCAAGAGAAACUGAUAAGGAACAUAUUGAGGGUGACGAAGACCGGGGCGACAAGAAGACGGUGAAGCAGAUCAUAUCACAGUUACUGACGAACAACCAGCCGGCCAGUCAGGGCAUGUUAGUUCUUGGCGGGUUAGUGAGUGUGUUGGUUCACGCACACCAGGUGGGGUCGGUCGUCGCCGCGGCCCUCGCCUCGCUCGCCUACCACCGCUCGCUACAUCUACACAGAGCGAGUGUUCACGAGAGCGAGGAGGCAGAGACAGUUAGCUCUGUGCGUGAUAAGAGCGACGCGGACAAGACGAAGACUAAGACUAACGAACAUAUAGAGGUGUUACUGAAGGACGGUCUGUCGUGUCGCGUGUACUAUGCGUCUCAGUUCCACCGUCUACGUCACAUGCUGCUGGCGCCGCUGGAGGGAGGCCGGCACGACGCGGGCUGCUGCGACGACCCCCGGGACAAAGACAAGGGUCUCUGUGAGAUCGAGGAAGGCUUCAUCCGUUCGUUAGCUAGCUGCGUCCCGUGGGCGGCGCGCGGCGGCAAGUCCGGCUCUACGUUCUGUAAAACGAAAGACGACCGCUACGUCCUCAAGGAGAUGACGAAGCCCGAGUGGCAGCAGUUCCUGGAGUUCGCGCCGCACUACUUCAAGUACGUGACGAGCUGCACACAACACAAGCUGCCCAGUCUGCUGGCCAGGAUCGUGGGCGUGUACAGCGUGGGUGGCGCGGGCAGCGGCGUGCUCGUGAUGGAGAACGUGUGGUACCCGCCCACGACCGCCCACGACCACGAGCCGGAACAAGCACAGCUGAGGUUCGACCUCAAGGGAGCCAGCAGACAGAGACUCGCCUCGCCCGACAACAACCAAGUGCUGUUCGACGAGAACCUGCUGAGACUUCGUUGGGAGAAGCAGCUGUACGUGUCGGGUGCGGGCGCGCGCGCUCUGUGGGCCGCCAUCGACAGAGACACGCGCUUCCUCGCGGACAACCACGUCAUGGACUACUCGCUGCUGCUGGGGCUGAGGGGGCGGCACAUCGAGCUGGGGGUCAUCGACUACAUCCGCACCUUCACGUGGGACAAGAAGCUGGAGCACCUGGUGAAGAAGAACCUGGGCUCGGGCCAGCCGACGGUGGUGUCCCCCGAGCAGUACCGGCGCAGGUUCAUCGCCGCCACCAGGAAGUACUUCCUGCACUGUCCCUCGCACUGGGACCAUCUGUACGACAACCACUGCUGA